AUUUUCUUCCUUUCGUCCUCUUCUCCGCUUCUCCCCUUUCUCUUCUCCUCCUUUACUACUAUAGAUGCCACGAAGGUAAAGGAAUGCAGAUCUCCGUCACGCAAGGAACCUAAAUCUAGGUGCUUCACCAUUACGUGGGGAUUGAGGGAGGAACCCAAAUCUGAAUUCCUUGCCCUUGUGCUGUGAUUAUAGACUCAUAAGUUUUCCUCUUCGGUGACUUGUUCGCUAAGGUUCCAAGAUCUACCAUGCUAAGAUCUGAUUAUCAUGGAUCUCCCUUCUCUCUCCUUCCCCUUGUUUUCGCACGCCUCACCAUGACCUUCUCCCAUGAAGAGAGCACCGGGAAUUGAUAAAAUGUUGCAGAUAUGGAUUUGGAUAGGUUUGGGUUUGGGUUUGGGUUUUUUAAGGUUUUUUUUUUUUUUUUUUUUCUAGUUUGCAGACAUGGAUUUUGGAUGAUUUGGAUUUUUUUUCUUAUUUUGUCUCUCAGUUGUCUUUCUUACAAUUCCUCUUAAAGAAAUAAUCCAGACCUGU